AUGUCCGACAUGUAUUUGAGGUGUGAUAGUCCCAAGCCCCUUGAGGAACCUCCGUCAAAAAGACAGAAAAUCGCUGAGAUUAAGGAUGAGGAUUUUGAGAAUAAACUGACGAUACCCAUUGCUCUCGAGCUUGGUGAGGAAUCCAGAGAUCUUGAACUCAAACUCUCGGAGAAAUGUCUCGCUUUUUCUAGAUGCGAUAUUGCACAGCCCGCGAAAUGUCAGUGUAGAUGUUGUCUCUACACCAAAUAUGGACAUGUGGUAUUUUUACCGCACGACAGUCAUCAAGAUGGCGAAGAAGGGCCAGGAGAGAAAUGCGCGGAAUGUAUUAGUGUUGAAGGGACUGUGAUUAGAGGUCAAUAUGCUGUCGAGAUCUCAGAUCCUCUACCUCUGUCACCUGAAGUUCGACAUGAUCUCGCGUAUCAUUUUCGAGUGUUCAGGGAAAUCUUGAGUACCAUGUUUUCAACCACCAUCCAAGACUUGAGGAAGAGGAUGGCACAGGUCAAAAUAGAAAGUAUGCCAGCGCUGCAGGAAGAGAUGUUGGGGCUACAGAAGGAAAUCAAAGAAUCUAAUGAUCAGCUAGACGCACUGGGGAAAGAACUGGAACGGAUUUUCACAACAAUGAUGAUGAAUGGAGUAGAUCCACUGGAAACGAAAACUGAUCUUUCGACAACAAACGAAAAAAACUUGCCGACACUUGUGCAUUUGAGGAAAGCAGCGGUGAGCAGUGCCGAGUCGUCACUGAAAGAAGAAGUCGACAGAUUGAAGAUGGAAAAUGCGAGACUCGAGACCAAGGUACGAAAGCUGGAGGAAGAAAAUGUGGAGAUGAAACAAUAUGGGGUUCAGAGUGUUCAGGUCGAAUUUUAUAACUCGGACGAAAAAUCGGAUUCAUGA